AUGGACAGCUUGCCUGGCCAUCUCUUGAACAAGGUUCUCUUCAAGACAGAUCUCAGAGCUCUGGCUAUGUUGUGUUGCACAAAUACAUCACUCCAGUCCCAUAUACACGAUCCUUCUUUUGUAUCUGAAUACUAUUCUCAGAUAAAAUCCAGUUUGCUUCAUAUCUCCACUUAUGGCUCACCUUACCUAGUCUACCACCACCCACACAGCGGUUCUAGGUCACAUAAAACCAAAAACAGGUUAAUGGAGUGUCAUAUUUUGGAAUGCUGCUCAGGCCUUCUUCUACUUUUCAUUGAUGGUCGUCUAUGCGUGACAAACCCCAUUAGGAAGAAGUUUCGAUUCUUGACUCGUCGGGACAAGAGAAAGCAGCUAGGGCUCGCGGUUAAUCAGCUUGAUCGAACCACACAGAAUUUCAAAGUUGUGUACAUAUUCGAGAUGGCAAAAACCGAUCAAACGAAGUAUGGUUUCGAGAUUAACGCCGGAGACUCAUGGACAUAUUCAAAAACUACACUUACUUGCCACACAAACAAUCUUGAUGACCGUAUGAAGAACCCUGUUUACUUGAACGGGUCUCUUCACUGGCUAAGAAACGACGGAAGCAUCAUAGCUUUCAACCCCGAAACAGAGCAAGCACGGCUGAUCCAGACUGACUUCCCCCGGGGAUUGACUUCGAGAACGCUCUUUGCACCCGGAGUUAAUAGCUUGACUUUGGUAUCAGCCAAUGAGAACAUUCUCAGUGAUCCCAAAUGGGUCCUCGAGAAGCAGAUCCAGAACGGAGUGAUUGACAAAAUAGUUACUUGGUACGUAGAAGCUUACAACGGAAAGUGUUUAGUGUUACGAACUUGUUAUGAUGGAGUAGUUCAUGUGUACGACUUGAGUGCUAGCAAGUGGGCAGUCAUGGGUUCGGUUCCAACGUGGUGCGAUGCAAAUCGAGAUUUUUUUCUAUUCACGCCGUCGUCGUCUUCUGUGGUAGGACUUGAUGAGAUAUUGGCUUGUGGUGAUAGACGCAUCUCCUCUCUAAGAUUGAUUAUGGGACUUGUUGAUGGAAGCUCAUCAGAAAAGGUGGAGUAGCAACUUGUUGAUGGAAGCUCGUCAGAAGAGAUGAGAUUACUUUUGAGGAUAUUAUUUGUAUGAGCAACAUACCAACACAAACGAACUGUGUAGUAGACACAUUCGUAUUAA